CAAGAUAUUGUGUUGGAUUUACGCCGCAAUGAAGAACUGCUGACAGCUAAUUUUUUUCAUCAACUUCAAGCCGCUGAUGGCCGAGGAAUUAUCCUAGAUCAUCAAAUCGACGGAUGCUUUUAUCAUGGAGUUGUUAAAAUUAAUGGCAAGGUUAGAGCUGCCAUCAGUACAUGCCGUGGCUUGAACGGACUAGUCCAGAUGAUGAAUCAAAGUUAUAUUAUAGAGCCUUUAAAAAUUUUGGAUGAUAAUGAUCAUAUCGUGUACGAUCCAAAAGACAGUAGUAGAACGAUGCGCUCUAAUCGAUGCGAACUUGAAGAUGAGAGAUCUAAUGAGAUGCCAACAGAUUUAAUCAGUGACGAUUAUUAUAGGGAAUUCCUUAAAAUGGCUCGUAAAAAACGUAAUGUUUAUAGUGAUAUGAAAUACAUCGAGCUAUUGCUAGUAGUAGACAACCGAUUGGCUGGACAAUUUCAAUUUGAAAAUGAAUUAAUUAAAAAUUAUGUUAUACAGGUGGCUAAUAUUUUAGAUAUGGGAUUUAAGCAAUUAAAGGUUCGAAUUGCUCUCACGGGCUUAAUAACAUGGAAUGUUAAAGACGAAAUCGAUGUUACACCAGAUACACUUGGUACAUUGAAUCGAUUUAGUGGUUAUCGCUCUAGUCAAUUGGAAAAAUACCCUAAUGAUAACGCGCAAUUAUUAACUGGUAUAGACCUCGCUGGUGGGACUGUCGGAAUGGGAUUUAUUUCCACUAUAUGUAUGUCGAAUUCGGUUGGCAUUAGUAUGGCGGCCCAAGAAAAUCCUUAUUUUACAGCUGCAAUUACUGCCCAUGAAUUAGGGCAUAACUUGGGAUUUCAGCAUGAUACUGAUGUACGACAGUGUACUUGCCAUGGUCAAAUAUCAUCUACGGGAUGCUUUAUGUCUGCUGUUCUUGCUGGUCCAUUACCAACCCAAUUUUCCAGUUGUAGUCAGCAAGAUCUGGAAGAAAGCUUUUCUGAAGGUUUAGGCUCGUGUUUAUUUAAUAUUCCAACAAAACUAUAUACUAAGCCAUCCUGCGGUAAUGGAUUUAUUGAAGAAGGUGAACAAUGUGAUUGUGGCUCUGUUUCUGAAUGCCAAGAUCACUGCUGUAAUGCUUCCACAUGUAUGUUAGCGCCACAUGCUGCUUGCAGUACUGGACCUUGCUGUCAUCAAUGUCAAUUUCAAAAACGUGGUGAACUAUGCCGUGAGCCUGUUAAUGAUUGUGAUUUAGCAGAAUAUUGUAGUGGUCAUGAUAGCCAAUGUCCAUCAAAUAUCGUCAAGCAAACUGGCAUCGAUUGCGCCAAUGGAGCUGGAUAUUGUUACGAUGGAGCUUGUUUAACACAUGAUGAGCAGUGUAAAAUUGUCUUUGGUGAUAAUGCUCAAAGUGGCCAUGGCGUAUGCUGGUAUUACGUGAAUACUAAUGGAGAUAGUGCAGGAUAUUGUGAUAAAGUGAAUGAUAAUUAUAUUGCAUGUGCUCCUCAAGAUGUUCGAUGUGGUAAAUUACAGUGCCAGGGAGAUAUUAGCCAUCCUGUUAUUGGCUCUUCCUAUGUAUGGACAUCAACCACACUUUAUGGGGGAGGAAAAGAAUUCACAUGCAUUAGUGCAGUUAUCGAUAUGGGAGCGGAUGUACCAGAUCCAGGCGUAAUUACAGAUGGCACCAAAUGUGAUGAAAAUAAAAUUUGCCUCAAUCAUAAAUGUACAUCGUUAUCCUCGCUUAAUAUUCAUCAUUGCAGUGAACAACAUUGCUCUAAUCAUGGGAUAUGCAAUAAUUUGGGUCACUGCCACUGCGAUGAUGGCUACGCUCCUCCUUAUUGCAAUACAACAGGUCAUGGUGGGAGUCUUGAUAGC